CAACCGCCGCCCGCCGCGCGCAGCCCCAGCCGCCGGCCGGGCCGGUCAGCGAGCCGGUGAGCGAACCCUGUCCCCUCCCCACCCCCGCCCGGCCUCUUGAGGCGGGUUCCCGGCCGGACCCUGAGCCUCGCUCUCUCGCGCUGCGGCCGGCCGCGCCUCCUCGGCCGCUUGUCCGGCAUGAAGACCAAGUUCUGCACCGGGGGUGAGGCGGAGCCCUCGCCGCUCGGGCUGCUGUUGAGCUGCGGCGGCGGCGGCGGCAGCGCGGCCCCGGCCCCGGGCGUGGGGCAGCAGCAGCGCGACGCCGCUAGCGAGCUGGAGCCCAAGCAGCCGGGCGGCCGGCAGCCGCCGCUCGCGCUGCCCCCGCCGCCGCCGCCGCCGCUGCCGCUGCCCCCGCCGCCGCCACGGCCGCCGCAGUCGGACGAGCAGCCCGAGCCCCGGACGCGGCGCAGGGCCUAUCUGUGGUGCAAGGAGUUCCUGCCCGGCGCCUGGCGGGGCCUUCGCGAGGACCAGUUCCACAUCAGUGUCAUCAGAGGUGGCCUCAGUAACAUGUUGUUCCAGUGCUCCUUGCCUGACACCAUAGCCAGUGUUGGCGAUGAACCUCGGAAAGUCCUCCUGAGGCUGUAUGGAGCCAUUCUGAAGAUGAGGUCCUGUAAUAAAGAGGGAUCCGAACAAGCUCAGAACGAAAAUGAAUUUCAAGGGGCUGAGGCCAUGGUUCUGGAGAGCGUUAUGUUUGCCAUUCUCGCAGAGAGAUCACUUGGGCCAAAACUCUAUGGUAUCUUCCCCCAAGGCCGACUGGAGCAGUUCAUCCCGAGCCGGCGAUUAGACACUGAAGAAUUAAGCUUGCCAGAUAUUUCUGCAGAAAUAGCUGAGAAAAUGGCCACAUUUCACGGUAUGAAAAUGCCAUUCAAUAAGGAACCAAAAUGGCUUUUUGGGACAAUGGAAAAGUACCUAAAUCAAGUGCUGAGAAUUAAAUUUACUGGGGAGUCCAGAGUUAAACAGCUGCACAAGUUCCUCAGUUACAACCUGCCCCUGGAACUGGAGAGCCUGAGGUCACUGCUGGAAUCUACUCCAUCUCCAGUUGUAUUUUGUCAUAAUGACUGUCAAGAAGGUAAUAUCUUAUUGCUGGAAGGCCGAGAGAAUUCUGAAAAACAGAAACUGAUGCUCAUUGACUUUGAAUACAGCAGCUAUAAUUACAGGGGAUUCGACAUUGGGAAUCACUUCUGUGAAUGGAUGUAUGAUUACUCCUAUGAAAAGUACCCUUUUUUCAGAGCAAACAUUCGAAAGUAUCCCACCAGGAGGCAACAGCUCCAUUUUAUUUCCAGUUACUUGACUACAUUCCAAACCGAUUUUGAAAACCUCAGUAGUGAAGAACAAUCCAUUAUUGAAGAAGAAAUGUUGCUUGAAGUCAAUAGGUUUGCCCUCGCCUCUCAUUUCUUCUGGGGACUUUGGUCUAUUGUACAGGCCAAGAUUUCCUCCAUUGAAUUCGGGUACAUGGACUAUGCGCAAGCGAGGUUCGAUGCCUAUUUUGAUCAGAAGAGGAAGCUCAGGGUGUGACUGGAAAACCCCACCCCUUCAUCAGUGGACCACGGGAGGCGGCCGAGGGGGCCUCUGCACUGUGACCCUGCACCUGGGCAGGAAGGCCUCGGACGUCUCACUGCUGAGCACAGAUGUGUAUGAUACUAAAGACUGUAUUAAAGUGGAGUAACAUUUC